CCUAGGAGUCCGGUUCUGGAUGAGGCAUCGCCAGUACCACUGAAGAAAUGCACCCCUGGCAAAGGUACACCAUCUCGUACACCUGACAGGAGGAAACUUAAUUCAAACAGUGAAACACCAGGGUCGGCCAGGUGGAUGUUGGGCAGCAUAGAGAGGUCUCUUCACAAAGUCAGACAUGCGCUGACUCCGAAAAAAACACUCGACCAUCUAUCGAGCGUACCGACGGUACUCAAUAAUAAAGAUCUAUUUAACGUUUCAACCACGCACUGCAAAGACCCCGAAUUAGUUUUAACCGAACUGUCCAAGGGUCUGGAGAAGAAAGGAAUACUCUGCAAACGAAAAGGAUUCAUCUUAAAAGGCAGUUUAGACCCGAAUAUUUUACAUCGAUUCGGCGGUUGUUCUUUUGAACUGGAAAUUUGCUACUUACCCGAUAUGAGCCUACCAAAUAUUUUGCCCACAAACAAUCUAACUCCUUCGAAAUCCAUUCUUAGAAACGGUAUCCUUCAAAAAGAUGAACCUACGCCAAACAAAGAUACCGAAGCUCAAACUGCUUCUAGUAGUAGCGAAUCUAUCAAACCAAAUGAGAAUUCUUCAACUCUAAGAUGCCAAAAUAUGGGAAAUGCAUCGUCGUCAUACGUGGGGAUUAGGAGAAAAAGACUAAAAGGUGACUCUUGGUGUUACAAGAAAGUUUGUGAGGAGGUGUUGGCUUUAACAUCGGCUGGGUUCAAUAACAGUGCGAAAGAAAAGUUAGAAUCUGCAGUUUAAACAAAUUUAUUUUUGAUACUAAUAUAAAGGGAAAACAUUUCAAGUGGAUUGAAUUCACCGUAGUUCUGGGAUGCUAUCUUUCUUCAUUGUACUGUGUGAUUGCACGAAGACAGUGUCAUGGUAGACGAAGAAAUAAUAACAUUUUGUACCGAUUUGUAGAAUUUUUCAACUGUUAUGUCCCCGGAAAACUUUUUUAUUGUUAAAUUUUUAAUAAUAAAAAGUUAUUUUAAUUCAUAAAAGCUUUAGAAAUAAAGAAAUAUUCUUCAUAAAAGUUUUUGGUUGUUCUAAAAUUGUUAAUCCGAUUUAUACUUUUCUAAAUUUUCGUACAGUUUUAUAGAAAAAUAAAAAAAGUAUGAAAAUACAGUUAAAUUUUUUGAAUUGUGUUUUUCGUUCUCUGAUAGUUAUAAUUCAUUUUGAUUAACUUUUUUUCAUCACCUUUUUUAUCACCUUUACCGUAGCAUUGAACUAAAUAAAUUUUGUGGUUUUUAUAACAUAUUAAAACAGAAAAAAAACU